AACAGUUUUAUAGUUUGAUAAACUAAAUUAUAUUUCAGGAAAAUGAUAUCAUUCUUAGAAUUACUUUAUGCAUGUGUACUAGUGCAGGGAUCAAACCCAGAUGAACAAACCAGAGAUGAUCUUAUUCUAAUGAAUAAAAAACUGAUUGAAACCUUCAAUGAGAUCUCGGAAGACUUCGCAACUCUACAAAACAACAGGACUUUUAAGAUUUCUUCAGAUGGGAAGAAAAAGAUUCUGAAAUAGGAGUUCUUAGACUAAUGCCGAAAAUCUUAAAACUUCAAGAGGUAAAUCACAAGAAUGUUGUUAAUCUAACGUCACGGGGUAUAAAAAGCUCAAUGAAGGAUCCAAUUAAAACCAUCCAGAAAAUUUUAGAUAGGGUUUUUAACCAUCUAUUAUUUCAUAUAGAAAAUGAAUUUAACAAAAAAUUCGGUAAAUGGUCCCCUUCAGUUGGAGGAAUAGAUGAAGCUAUAAAUAGGGUCAAGGAAAGUAAAACAGGAAACUGGGGCAAUUCUGUAGAAAUCGAAGGAGAUUUCAGCGACCUAUAUUCAAAUUGCAACAAAAAUCUACUGAUAUCCAGCGUGAACAAAGCAUGCAAAUUGGCAUCUUUUUCCGAAAAUUCAAUUAACUACAUUACAUUGUUAAUUACGUGCAUUAUGGACCAUUCGUAUUUCAAAGAGCCUUUAGGAACGUUUAAAACCUUAAAAGGUUUUUCAAUGGGAGAUUGCUCGGCAGCCAGAGGCAGCGAAAUUAUUUUAAGAAUAGCAGAAUUAAGUAUUUUUAAUACCUUAUCAAGACACCAUCUUCAAAGCAAUGUAAAGCGGUAUCUUAGGUUUAGAGAUGAUGUAUCAGUACAUAUAGUUGGAGUGCCUGAUGAUAUAUGUAAGGUAAUCAAAGUAAUUUGCACUGGGUAUCCAAAGGAAAUUAUUUUAAAUAUGGAAACUAAAAUCAUCCAGGGAAAAUUUUUAAACAUACGAAUAUUAAAUUUUCCUUCUUUUGCAAACCCAUUCACGACAGUACUGAGAAAACAGAACAACAAAUACAAUAUAAUUCCUCCUAAUUCCAAUGUUGCCUGGAAAUAUAAGAAAAUGGCGGGAAAUGGAUACUUUCGCACUGCAAGAACUCACUGCACCACUCCAAGAGAAAGAAACAACCAAUAUAGGAUUAUACAUCAAAUCCUAAAUUUAAAAGGAUUUUCUGAAAGUCAAAUUUCGAAAAUUAAAAAUCCCAAGAAAUGUAGAAAAGGACAAGAAACGAGCAAGAAAAAGAAGUUUUUAACAACGAUAAAAUUUAAUGGAUGUACUAACCGGCACAAAUAUGUGAAAUCAUUUGUUAAAAAAUCUGAGAUAAACCUUGAGGACUACUAUCUACCAAUGGAUGUACCUGGGAAGAAACUCGAACAAUACAUCUUUACUGUUCGGAAGAUGAGAAAAAAACUAAACUUUUGAUUAUAGGUAGAAUAGGAUUAACAUUUUUUUCAAAACAAUUUUUCAAUACAUAAUUAAAUUGGUCCAAUUUCAGUGUAUAUUUCUAAAAAAUUUUUGUGUAUCUUUCUUUAUUUUUCUUUAUUUUUAUCUUUAUUUUUAAUGGUUUUUCGUUUCGGCCUGGUCUUAUUUUAAACACCAGUUAAUAAGGCAAUUGGUAUAUCUGGUUUUUUAAAAAAAUGAACAAU